AUGACAGAGCGCCCUUCUGAAUGGGACGCCCAUCCCGGCAACCCGUACUCGUGGCCGGACCGGGCGAAAUGGGCCGUCAUGGCAACCGCCCUGCUCGUGACGCUGCUCGUCGGUCUCAACGCGACAUCCAUCACCACAGCCGGCGACCGCCUCACCGCCGACUUCCGCCUCGGCGGCAGCAGCAGCCUCCUCGAGACCAACUUCUUCGCCGUCACCGCCUGGAGCGCCGCGGCCGCGCUCGUCCCGCUCGUGACGCUGCCUUUGAUGGACACCUACGGCGUGCGCCGGGGGUACCUGGCUUGCUACGUCCUCUUUACUGUGCUUCUCAUCCCGCAGGCGCUGGCGCCCAACUUUGCCACGCUCGUCGGCUGCCGCGCCGUCGCCGGCGCCGCUGCCGGCACCCUGCAGAACGCGGCUGACGGCAUCGCCGCCAACCUGUGGCCGGACCCGCGCGCGCGUGUGCUGCCGCUGACGGGCUACGUCUUCUGCCUCGUGUUUGGCGUCACCAUGGGGCCGGUGCUGGGCGCCGUGUGCGAGCCUCUAAACUGGCGCUGGAUAUUUUGGCUUCAACUCAUCCUGUGCGGCGCCUCAUUCCCCAUCGUGUACAUCUUUCUCAAAGAGACCAGAGGGUCGGUGGUGCGCCGCAGAUGCUGUCCCGAAGACGACGAGGAACCGCGCGGCAACGGCGCGCUGCAGGAGCUGCGCGCCGCGACGACGCGCUCCGCCGUGCUGCUCACCACCGAGCCCGCCGUCGCCCUCUUCACCCUGUGGUCGUCCUUUGCCUUUGGCCUCGUGUUUCUGUCCACGCAGUCGAUCCCGCUCGUCUUCGGCUCCGCGUUUGGCUGGCCGGCGUACCGGAGCGGCCUCGUGCAGAGCGCCAUCGGGCUCGGCCAGGUUCUCGGCUUCGGGGCCUGCCUGCUCCAGCGCACCAUCUACAUACGCAGCGCGCAACGGAAUGACGAGGACCCAGGCGUGCCCGUGCCGGAAGCUAUCCUUCACCUGUCGAUUCCGACGACCCCGGUAGCGCUGGCCGGCGGAUUGUUCAUGUACGGAUGGAGCAUAUACCAGCCGCACUGGAUUGUGGCGGCGGUUGGACUGGUGCUUGUGGGUUUCGCCAGCAUGGUUAUUGUCAACUCGGCGAGCAUCUACAUUACAGACUCCUACUCGACCUUUGCAGCUAGUGCCAUUGCGGCUGUCGCAUUUGGUGAGAACUUUUUUGCUGCCUUUUUGCCGCUGGCCGCCAAGCCAAUGUAUGAAAGGCUGGGCUACGACUGGGCAAGCAGCUUGCUUGGAUUCGUCGGGCUUGCGCUGACAGCGGCGCCUGUUCUUUUAUUCUGCAAUGGCAACAAAAUUCGCAGGACAAGUACAUUCAAGGAAUAA